GGGGCAGAGUCAGGUGAUCAUCGGCACUGAAACACAAUGGUUUUAACAGUGUAUGGAAGCUGUUUUUUUGUUUUUUGGUUCAGUGCUUUUUAGGUUUGAAAUCAUUCGUUUAAUCAGUGUGAAUGCUUUAGUUACGCAUUUAUUUUUAAACUAAGUAGCUUUAAAUGGUAGUAAAUGAAGACCGUGGUUUCUAUCGUGGGAGGGGCGACACCAUUCCUUCCGCAGUCAUUCAGUCAGUGACAGAAGAAGAUUCGGUGGUGAGGUAGUGAAGCUGACCGGGAGCAUAACCGAAAUUCCUGCCUUCGUCUCGCCACGCUCGGAAGCCUUUUUCUUUCACAGGCCGAUCUGGCUGAUGGAAACAGAGCUCGGCCAGAAUGUGCGCGAAUGUGUUCGGCGUUUUGAAAAGUCUCUUUGGGAAACCUUUUGAUGGUGGAAAAAGGAUGGACCAUGGCGGUCCACAGGACCAGCAGCAGCAUCCGGCGGAGCAGCAGCAGCCUUACCAUCCGCAGCAUCCUGCCAUGAUGAGACUGUACGAGGUCCAGAAAGAGGUCUCCACUCUGGGGCCGCAGGUCUGCACCUUCAGCGGCCUGCAGAACGACCGAGAAUACAAGCGCAUGGAGCGCGAGCUGACCCAGCUGCUGCUGCAGGUGGACCAGGUGGACACGGAGGGCAAGCUGGAGCUGCAAGGGGCGCGCAAGAGGGCUGCGCAAGAGGUGGAGGGCCUCCUGCGGUACCUGGAGGAGAACGCCUCCCACCCGUCCCGCCUGGCCAUCGAAGAGCUGAGCAACGCGGCGCGGGAGCUGGUGGACGAGCGGGUGGUGGCGCCGCAGCGGACCGGCGGGGUGGCGGAGAUAAACGACGAGCUGGUGGACGCCCUUCAGGAGCUCGUCCUCAGGCUCACCCAGAUCAAGACUGAAGGCCGGGUGCCGCUCCGCAAGGCGCGCUACCGAGCGCUCACGCGGCUCUGCGCCGUGCAGGACGUGCUGGAGAGCCGCACGCCCCAGCAGACCCUCUCUCUGCCCCUGUCGGGGGACACCCACGAGGCCGUGAACCGCAUUAACCAGGUCAUGGUGAAGGUGAGCAUGGCUCGCAGCCAGCUGGUGGCUUUGCUGAUGGGGCUGAGCGGGAGGGACAGCUGCGCGCACCUGUCCCGCAUCCUAACGGAGCUGCAGGUGGAGCUGGACGCCCUGGACGUCUCCGGUAACCUGGCGAUCCGGAAUUACAGGAAACAGGUGGUGGAGGAAAUAAACGGCCUGCUAAAACACCUGGACCUAGAGGGAGAGGGGGACGACACUCGCAGGUACGAUUUGGCGCAGAACAACUCCAUCCGUGAGAUCGAGGCCGUGCGAGCCCACGUCUCCCACUUACGAGAGGGCGUCCUGCGACACUGCCUGAUGGGUGACCUCAGCUUCCGGCCCAAAGCCGAACUCCAGAGCCUUCUGACCCACCUGGACCAGGUGGACACGGCCAAAAACCCGUGCAUCAGAGAGGCCCGCCGCCGCGCCGUGGUCGAGGUCCAGGCCGUCAUCACCUUCCUGGACCUCCGCGAGGCGCUGGUGUGCCGCCAGCCGGGGCCCGAGGAGCACCCGUCGCACGGGGCCGUGUGGCGGGUCCUGGGCAGCCUCUCCGACCUGCAGGCUCAAGUUCUGGGCUUUGACGGCAAGCGGGCCGACAAGAGCUACAUGAUGCUGGAGGAACUGCUGACCAAACAGCUGCUGACGCUGGACGCCGUGGAUCCGCAGGGCGACGCGUCCACCAAGAUGGCACGGAAGCAGGCGGUGAAGUUCGCCCAGAACAUUCUCAACUACCUAGACAUGAAGACGGACGAGUGGGAGUAUUGACCAGGCCAGGACCACGUUGGGCAAGACACGGCUGCAGGAAUUAAAGGAGCUUGAAAAUGGAGCGUCAUCAUUCCGUCAGCUGUAAAUAUUGCCUGAAAUACCCAGAAUCCACUGCAGCAGAACUUUUUUUUUUGUCUCUUUGUGGUAGUCAAGGCCAACCCAUCUGAAACUCCUUUUGUGAAACACAUUCUGACACGUAUUUCUCUGUGUGCUCUUCAGCAACUUUGUGUGUGUGUGUGUGUGUGUGAGUGAGUGUGUGUGUGUGUGUGUGUGUGUGUGUGUGUGAGAUUUGCUUGUUGGUGUCAUUGUGUUUUGGUGCAUGGUAGUAGAAACCUGCAGCCAAAGUAACGCUCGUUGUCUUCUCCUCCAGACUGCACUUCAUAUUGAUAAAACGUUCCGUUAGAUUGAUUGUUAAUCAGUAUCCUCUUUCAUUAACUUGACUGUCGGUUGCUAAUGGAGACAGCUGGUGAUACGCUACCAGAGGCAGGGGUGGCUCAUUCUGUAUUAUUAGAAAAACCAGGCAGUAGCUGUGUUUCCACUACAAAUGUGUGCAAAACUUUGUCUAUUGUGCUAGUGUCCAAAAAAAAAAAAAAAAGAACCACAAGCUGCGGUGUUCCCAUUAAAUGAGGCACAAUUAAAAUCACGCGGUAUGUCAUUAAGAUCCAUGCUGAGCUUCCAACUUCUUCCUGCUGUCGUCGUCUUUGUGGUUUUCGCCAGUGGCAAAAACCACAGAGAUCGACAAUGUCCAUUUGUUGAUCAUGUGAAUCAAAGAAAAUGUUUCCAUUGCAACUUUGUGAAAUAAACCAAAAUUUUUUUUUAAAUUAUCUCAGCGUCCAAAACUUUAUAGAAAAAUUAGGUUUUUUGAAAUAGACGUAUUUCCAGUAAGCAAAUGUAUUUUGAAAAUGUCAAAUAUUGUGAUUAUAUGCUCAAUUUGACAUUUUGAAAAGACAUUUCUUUACUGGAAACGGGCCGAAUUAAAAAGAAUAACUCGGCUUUUGAUCCCGUUUCAGCACUAGGAUAGAAAUGAGUGCGUUUCACAAAACUGCAAUGGAAACACUUUUUUGCAUCACACGACUCGCAUGACCAACAACAACUAGAUGUUGCCACUGGCGCAAACCACGAAGAAGAAAACGGGAGGAGACGGAAAGAUCACGGUGCAGAGGGCCAUAUUUUUAAUAUUUUCUGAACAAACUUAUUCAUGUGUGAUUUGAACUUAUUUCUUAUUUAGUGGAAACACAGCAAUUGCAAAAUUGUGUUUUUUUUUACAUUAGCAGAAAAUUGACAACGUUUUGCUCACAUUUCUAAUAAAAACGCAGCGACUUCAGGCUGAUGUUGCUGCAUUUUCUACUCUAUUACAUCUUCGAGGGUCAGAUUGCAGAAACGCACAUGGAUCUAAUAACAUCUGUGUUCCACCGGAUGGAAUUAGACUGCAGGAGAUUAGAUUGCUAAUCUACGAGCCUUCGCCACUAAAGAAGCAAGGAUCUGAAUUUUGGGGUCAAUUUCUGAUCUAUGGUUUUUGUAAAGCUUUGAGCUGCCGAUGUAGAUUUAGAUCCGAUCUGAUUUCUCCCCUUGAGUUUUAAUAUAGCCACGUCUAAUUACAGCAUUCAGAAUAAUUUCUCCUUCAAAGGAAGAAGGCCAGAAAAAUGAGGUUAUCAGGAGGAAGAGGUGACAUCACACCACAGUACAGUUUUGAUCAUUUAAGGAUGAGUCAAACUUAAAGUGCGGGGGCCAAAUGUAGCUCCUGUAGUUUUUAUGUGGCCCUCUAGACUCCAGAGCAGAGGGAUCUCUAAAGGUCUCCAUUUGACACAAAUGGAGACUUUUAUUUGUAACCAGGGAAAAACGAAUAAAAAUCUUAAAAUUGUUGGCUAUAGUACAAAGUAUUCAAACUUGUUGUAUUCUCUUGUGAGAACUACAUCUAUUCAGCAGACUUGACCUUUUGCCCCUUGAGACAAAAUAUUUGGAUGCCUCUGCUCCAGAGGGGCGCAAGAGAACAGCUUUGUGCUUGGAUAUAAUUUGAUCAAAUUUAAGCAGUUUUUAAUCAGUAAACAGCCAAAUAAAAUAUCAGUCCCUCCAGUUUUUUGUUUUUUUUAGAUUUAUCGGUCGCAAAAAUUCACACAAAAUCAGCAAAUAGCCACAUUUUUUGGCUAUUUUGAGUUUACUGCAAAUGCUCGAAAACGUUUGGUUCAAGUGAUGCUAAUUCCCACCUAUAGGUGGCAGUAUUUGUUACUUUUAAUACAAUGCUGCCUCAGAUUUCAUCAAAUUAUAAUCCACCAUCAACAAAGUCACAUUUACCACCAUAUAUUAGUGUAAACACCUCAAAAUCUUUUGUAAAUAUUUCUAAAUUGGCACCAAAAAGUCUGUGAUUCUGUUGGCAAAAAAAAAUCAAUCACCAUAACGUGGAGGGACCGCUCAAUGUGAAAGGAGCUCAAGAAGUAGUUUAAGUAGUACUUAUUAAAUUCAGAGACAGCUAGUUAUUAUUAUUUUAGCAGCUGUUUAUGCGUUUUAUCAAUACAUUCUGGACAACUGGCCCUUUAAAUCAAAGACACUCAUUUUAAACCACAUUUAGCAUCUUAUGUUAGCAACUAGCAUGACAAGCUACCAAACCAGUAGCGUCAAAAAGAUUUCCAAUGUUCGAUGACGGGCAGAGAGAGGAAGGUCACAACCAGCUCAAAAGGAGAAAACAGAGCGACUUUGCUGCCAAGCCUUCAUGUUAUCAGCCCAAGUCUUGCUCUCUCACUGAUUUUAUUUUCAAAGCGAGCUAAAAGAAAUGGUCUGUUUCAAGUCACCGACCUGUGCCUGACUCUGGAGUCUCGGUUUUGGGCCCAGGCCUGUCAUAGUGCCGAAGCUCCACCCGAAAAAGAACAGUCCAACAGCUGACAAAGAAGUUCACUAAAAAUCUAUUUUGAGAUUACUUGGAAGUCAUGGAUGAAUGUUUUUCUUCUUUAGCAGAAAGCAGGAUGUUUCUGAGAUGGAAGACUUCAGUCUUAGCUGCAUCUCUUGUCAUCUGUUCUCAGAUGUUUGUCCUGACCGUGUUAUGAUCACACAAGGCUGGAAAUAGAUCAGAUAUGAAUUAUUUCAGGAGAAGCGAGGCGAUAUUUCGCCGUUGCUGCUUCUGUGGCUUCUCGUCUGUCUAUUUGUUUCUACCCGCCGCUUUCUGUUGACGGAGGAGUGCGAAUGAAGCCUUUUGAGGAAAUUGGACAGAAAGAGGCCGAGGCGACGAUAUCCGCAGGACUGGCGUAUCGAGGCUGAAGCUCGGGGGCCCCUGCUGGAGGGCCUUCGGGAGGGAGGCACUGACGGAGAUCACAGUCGACAGAACCUUCUAGAAACUUCUCCAAGCUGCUGGAGGAGAAGGAGAGGGAGAGAGAAAGUCUGAAGCUCUGUGCCUUUUUACUUUUAAGCCUUUUUUUACCCAUCAGUUUGUGUUUUAGAGUAGCAGAAAUAGAACGUGUGGUUUAUGGUAUGCAUCAAUGCACUGGAAGAGGACACCAAGUACUGAAUGUGUUUUAUUGAGAGAGCACCUUGCCCAGUAUCACAACAUGUCUGUUUGUUUGUUUGUUUGUUUGUUUGUUUUGUCUCCUCUUCUUUUUUCUUUUUUUUUUUUCUAAAUGCGUAUUUAUUUCCCAACAAAAUUCCAAUUAGACUGACAUCGUAAUCAGGAGUUGCUUUCUCCUACGGCAUCAGCUGUAGCCCAAUAAUCUGCUCAGAACCAUUUAUCAUCAGUUGGAGUGCCGCAAAAAAAGAUACAGUGUUCUGUGGAAAUAUUCACACUGCCUGGACCUUUUCCACAAACUUCAAUGUAUUUUAUUGGGAUUUUAACAUAGAGAACAAGAUAAUAUUUGGAUUUAUUUAUGUAAUUUAUAUAUUGGGGAUAAAAUAUCGCUAAUAUAAAAUCGGUAUCUACAAUAACCGAUGUGGAUCCCGAUGUUACCAAUUUGCUGACAUUGGUAUCAGUGGAUGUCAGUACGUUGUUAACAUAUCGGUGUCAGUCUGACGAGUAAAACUGGGCCGAUGUUACAGACUGACGUUAAAUUCCACUUUGUUGUUUCAGGAGGGGGAGAGGACGGGUUUGGUCAUUUGGUAGUUAAGUAUUUACAUUUUUUUCCCAAACAAAUGAAAGUUUCAAAAGCAUUUUUAUACAUUUUGUGUUUACUCGGAUGCCCUUAAAUUAAAACCUGUGCACUGCAAGGUUAUUAUUUAUUUAUUAUUUACAAGACAACGCACUUUCCAAAUCUGACAGAGCGGCUCUGCUUGUCACCGUGGAAACACCAUCCCUAUGGUGGCAGCAUCAUUCUGUGGGGAUGAUAUCAACUGAAUUUAAAUUCAAAAAUAAAGAACCUGACUUAGAUUAUUAACCACAUUUCUUAUAGACAUAUUUAAUUAUUAAUUAGAUGAGUUUGUGGCAGCACUUGGAAGCUGCUCUCCCUCCAAUAUUAAUAAACUUAAGCCACUUUGCAAAUAACAGUUUGCUUCACUUUCAAGGAAUGUGAAAAAGUUCCAGUGGUUUAACCUGAAUUCAGCCUCUUUCUAUAAAAGUUUUUUUCUCGUCUUUCUUUUUCUUUCUUUUUUUUUUUUUUUUUUGGGCAUGACUGUUUACAGCCGAGUUUUGUAUUUAGGUCACUGAACUGUCUGGAAACGCAGUGGAGCCUGCUGUUUAUACACCAAGCUAACAUCCAGUGCAGGUUCAGUUUAUUUAUGCGAAAUGUAAAUUAGAGGUUUGUGUAGCUAUGCAGAAAACCUGCAGCUGUGUACGUGAGGCAUAGCGUGUGACGGGCUGUAGCUUCAGAAAGUAAACGAAACUAAACUCCAGCCUGGGCUUUGAAAUGUUCAACAGGCCGUUCGGCAGACACAGUGUUGGCGUUUUUGCUCGAAGUGACGUGGAGUUCAGAAUUCGUCACAACAGCGUUGAUAAAACGGGACAAAAGUGCAGCAUAAAAAUGUUUGGAGUUAUCACUCCCCUUCAAAUGUUAUUGCACUGGAAAACAAAUUUGGUCAAGAGAAAAGUAUUUAAUAAAAA